CGGUUCAAAUUCAGCCUGCUCGACCAGGUCGGCGAGGCCGUGCCAUCACACGUUUUUACCAGCAACAAGAUACGCAGUUUCAGAAGCUCAAAAUAUUGGGGAUGCUCUUAUUUCCUCAACCAAAAAUACUUGGAGUCAUCGUCUCAUCUCAUGGACGAUAGCUUCCGGAUCAGUUGCCAUGUCACCGUCGUCAACAUCAACGUGGUGGGGAGAAACACCUUGCUCUACCAUGUGCCACCGCCUAUGGAUGAUCUUCGCCGUGACCUCGGCGCACUGCUAACCAGCAAAAUCGGAGCGGACGUGGAGUUCAAGGUCGGCAGGGAGACGUUCAUGGCGCACCGGAGCAUGCUCGCCUCGCGUUCGUCGGUCUUCGAGGCGGAGUUCUUUGGUUUCAUGCAGGAGAUGAAGAAGGAAACUCAGAUCCUAAUUAUCCAAGACAUGGAGCCGAGGGUGUUUGAGGCAAUGCUCCACUUUAUAUACACCGACUCGCAGCCUGAGAUUGAUGAAGGUGACACGAGGGUGUUGGCCCAGCACCUGCUCGUUGCGGCAGACAGGUACAACUUGCAGAGGCUGAAGCUGAUCUCCGAGGACAUUUUGUGCAAAUCCAUUGACACAAACACAGCAGCGACUACUUUGGCACUGGCUGAGCAGCACGGCUUCCAUCGCCUCAAGGAGGGAUGCUUCAAUUUCCUCAAGUGUCAAGGCAAUAUGAAGGCAGUCAUGGAGACUGACGGCUUCGGGCAUCUGAUGAGCAGUUGCCCCUCUCUUCUCAUAGAUCUGCUUGCCAGGAUUUCUCCUUGA